AUGGCUGAGGAACGCACUCUUAAGGAGUAUUCGAUCCCUUCUUCGGAUGAGCCAUGCACUAUUAUAGUCUACCCAACAGUUCAAGGUAGCAACUUCAAAAUAAAACCUGCACUACUUAUUCUGGUGCAACAAAACCAGUUCUCUGGAUCACCUUCCGAGGACCCAAAUUUACAUAUCUCAACCUUUUGGAGACUUAGUGUAACUUGCAAGGACGACCAAGAAACCGUCAGGCUACAUCUCUUCCCUUUUUCUCUAAAAGAUAAAGCCAGCAAUUGGUUCAACUCUUUGAAACCUGGUUCCAUUACCUCAUGGGACCAACUGAGGCGAGAGUUCCUUUGUCGUUUCUUUCCCCCAUCCAAAACUGCCCAACUUAGGGGAAAGCUUUACCAAUUUACUCAAAAGAACGGGGAAUCUCUUUUCGAUGUGUGGGAACGUUUUAAAGAAAUACUUAGACGUUGUCCCCAUCACGGUCUAGAAAAAUGGUUAAUCAUCCACACCUUUUAUAAUGGUCUAACAUCUAGCACUAAAUUGACUAUUGAUGCAGCUGCAGGUGGUGCCCUAAUGAACAAAGACUUCACAACAGCUUAUGCGUUAAUUGAGAACAUGGCUCUAAACCUCUUCCAAUGGACAGAAGAAAAAGCAACCAUCGAUCCUUCACCCUCUAAAAAAGAGGCAGGUAUGGAUGAAACCUCUUCCAUUGACUAUUUAUCUACCAAGGUGAAUGCAUUAUCUCAAAGACUUGAUCGCAUGAACACACCUACCUUCUCACCUCCUUGUGAAGCAUGUGGCCUAUCUAGUCAUUCUAACACCGAUUACAACCUAAGUAGUGUUGAGCAGUUAAAUUUUGUUCAGAAUGGCCAAAGACUCCAAGAGCUCAAGGAUCAAACUAGACUUUUGAACAACUCUCUUGCUACUCUCACAACAAAGAUAGACUCCAUCUCCUCUCACAACAAAAGUUCUGAAACUCAGCUCUCCCAGGUAGUUCGUAAAGUUGACCACCCCAAUAAAAUGAAUGUUGUUACACUUAGGAGUGGUAAGCCACUCGAAGACCCCAUAAGGAGAACCGAGACCAAUGACAGUGAGAAAGAAAUCCGCGAACCACCAUCUAGGGAAACCAGGGCAGAAAGAGAGGAACCACGAGUUGAGGAAAACACGCCACCUCCCUUUAAGCCAAAAAUCCCCUUCCCACAAAGGUUUGCCAAAUCAAAGCUCGAUGAGCAAUUCAAAAAGUUCAUGGAGAUGAUGAACAAAAUAUAUAUUGAUGUGCCAUUUACCGAGGUCCUAACCCAAAUGCCCACAUAUGCUAAAUUUUUGAAAGAAAUCCUCUCUAAAAAAAGAAAGAUUGAGGAAAGUGAGACGGUUAACCUUACGGAAGAAUGUAGUGCCAUCAUCCAAAAUAAAUUGCCACCAAAGCUUAAAGAUCCAGGUAGUUUUUCCAUACCCUGUGUCAUAGGGUCGGAAGUUGUGAAGAAAGCUAUGUGUGAUCUAGGAGCCAGUGUCAGCCUAAUGCCCUUAUCACUUUAUGAGAAGUUGGGAAUAGGGGAACUUAAAUCAACAAGGAUGACCCUACAACUAGCAGACCGUUCUGUUAAGUAUCCAGCUGGAAUCAUAGAAGAUGUCCCCGUUAAGGUAGGAGAGGUAUAUAUCCCCGCCGAUUUUGUUGUGAUGGAAAUGGAGGAAGACAAUCAGGUACCAAUUCUUUUGGGAAGACCUUUCCUUGCCACUGCAGGAGCUAUCAUUGAUGUAAAAAAGGGUAAGCUUGCCUUCAAUGUAGGUAAGGAAACUGUUGAAUUUGAACUUGCUAAACUAAUGAAAGGUCCCUCCAUUAAGGACUCUUGUUGCAUGAUAGACAUAAUCGACCAUUGCGUGAAAGAAUGCUCUUUAGCAUCAACUACACAUGAUAGUUUGGAAGUAUGCUUGGUUAACAAUGCAGGUACAAAAUUGGAAGGGGAGGCAAAAGCUUAUGAAGAACUGUUAGAUAGAACUCCUCCAAUGAAAGGUCUAAGUGUGGAGGAGUUAGUACAAGAAGAACCAACACUUCUACCCAAGGAGGCACCGAAAGUAGAACUCAAAACACUUCCAUCAAAUCUAAGGUAUGAAUUCUUGGGCCCUAACUCCACUUAUCCUGUUAUUAUUGAAAAAAUGCUACCUCCCACCUCAGUCAAAGAAAUUAGAAGUUUCCUAGGACAUGCAGGGUUCUACCGUCGUUUCAUCAAAGAUUUUUCAUCAAUCACUAAGCCGCUAACCAGCCUGCUUCUCAAGGAUGCAGACUUUACCUUUGAUGAUUCUUGUUUGCAGACAUUUUGCAGGUUGAAGGAAGCACUAAUUACCGCCCCAAUCAUACAACCACCAGAUUGGAACUUGCCUUUUGAAAUAAUGUGUGAUGCAAGCGACUAUGCGGUUGGGGCAGUAUUAGGUCAAAGAAGGGAUAAAAAGAUGCAUGCCAUAUACUAUGCCAGUAAGACCCUAGAUGGGGCACAGGUAAACUAUGCCACGACAGAAAAAGAAUUGCUAGCAGUUGUCUACGCCAUUGACAAAUUUCGGCAAUACUUGGUGGGAUCAAAAAUCAUUGUUUAUACAGAUCACUCGGCCAUAAAAUACUUGCUAAACAAAAAAGAUGCCAAACCGAGAUUGAUCCGAUGGAUUUUGCUCCUCCAAGAAUUUGACCUUGAAAUAAAAGAUAAAAAGGGCGUAGAAAAUGUUGUCGCUGACCACUUGUCCCGACUUCGGGAGACCAAUAAGGAUGAGCUACCCUUGGAUGACUCAUUCCCAGAUGACCAACUAUUCUUAUUGGCACAAACUGACGCACCUUGGUAUGCAGAUUUUGUUAACUUUCUUGCAGCAGGAGUACUACCACCCGAGUUAAACUACCAACAAAAGAAGAAAUUCUUCAAUGAUCUCAAGCACUACUAUUGGGACGAGCCCUACCUCUUCCGAAGAGGCUCAGAUGGGAUUUUCAGGCGAUGCAUUCCUGAAAAUGAGGUAAGUAGUAUUCUAACUCAUUGUCACUCCUCUUCUUAUGGCGGCCACGCCAGUACACAAAAGACUUCUUUCAAAAUUCUUCAUUCUGGUUUCUGGUGGCCAUCACUUUUCAAAGAUGUACAUCUCUUUAUCUCUAAAUGUGACAAAUGUCAACGCACCGGUAGCAUUACAAAAAGAAAUGAAAUGCCUUUGAAUAACAUCCUUGAAGUGGAAAUAUUUGAUGUUUGGGGUAUUGACUUUAUGGGACCUUUCCCUUCCUCUUUUGGGAAUCAAUACAUAUUAGUAGCCGUUGACUAUGUGUCCAAAUGGGUUGAGGCCAUUGCUUCCCCCACUAAUGAUGCACAAGUAGUUAUAAAAAUGUUUAAGAAAGUCAUCUUCCCUAGAUUCGGAGUGCCACGAGUUGUGAUAAGCGAUGGAGGGUCUCACUUCAUUUCAAGACAUUUUGAAAAACUUUUGCAAAAACUUGGAGUGAGGCACAAAAUUGCGACACCCUAUCACCCCCAAACUAGCGGACAAGUGGAGGUCUCAAACAGACAAAUUAAAGCCAUCCUUGAAAAAACUGUUUCCACCUCUAGAACAGAUUGGUCAAAUAAGCUUGACGAUGCCCUUUGGGCCUAUCGAACGGCUUAUAAAACCCCCAUUGGGAUGACCCCUUUUAAACUUGUCUAUGGGAAAUCUUGUCACCUUCCUGUUGAGCUCGAGCAUAAGGCCUAUUGGGCAAUUAGAAACCUCAACUUAGAUCCCAAUUUAGCCGGUGACAAAAGAAAACUUCAAUUAAACGAGCUAGAAGAACUUAGGAUGGAUGCCUAUGAGAAUGCCCGCAUUUACAAAGAGAGAACUAAGACCUGGCAUGACAAGAAAAUCAUCAAAAGGCACUUCAAAAGUGGUGACCUUGUGCUGCUCUUUAACUCUAGGCUAAAGCUCUUUCCAGGUAAACUGCGAUCACGAUGGUCCGGUCCUUUCCAAGUUCGCACAGUCUACCCUUAUGGGGCGAUUGAAAUCUUUUCUGAAGAAACAGAAUCCUUCACGGUUAAUGGCCAACGGCUUAAAAUCUAUAAUACCGGAGAAGUAAAUGAAGUAGUGGCUGAUUUCACCCUUAGUGACCCACCUUAAGGAUUUUCAUCCUCACCUUCGUCAAGCUAGUGACGUUAAAAGAGCGCUUCGUGGGAGGCAACCCACCAAUUUAAUUGCUUUCUUUGUUUUCUGUUAUUUCUCUUUAUUUUGUAGGUAAGUGUCCGAGAUUGAUUAAGAAACGCAAGAAAAUCAAAGUUCCAAGAACCAGAAAGGUGGCACGGCCCGUGCUUGAUUUGGCACGGCCGUGCCAAGAAACACAACCACAUCUUCAAUAAAGUUGGCAGAAUGAUGGCACGGCCCGUGCUACAUCUGGCACGGCCGUGCCAACCUGAAGGCCUCCGGAGUUUAAAAUUUCGACAAAUUGUGAGCUUUCCGCACCCUUUCUCACUUUUUCCUUAUUUCUUUCGUUUCUAUCAUUUGAAUCAUUGAGGACAAUGCUUCUCCUAAGUGUGGGGGGAGCCUAAUAAAGUGUCUUUAGUCGUAGUGU